AUGGCUGCCUCGAAUGGAACACAGUCGAGCUUCCCCUCACCAGAAGCCACACCACCAAGCUCGAUAACAAGGAAGGGCUUCAGGAUAACCACCAAGAAACUGCCAAUUCUUAAAGCUGGCCCAAUUGAUGAGAUGACGAAUAAGCUGGGGAUUGCGCCUCCUGAGAUGAUAUUUGGAGAUAACUUAGUCUCAAUUGAGCAUAUACCAUCAGGGUGGGGUAUCAAUUUCAAUGCUUUUGAUGCUUUGGACCGUGUGGACAAAACAGGAGCCUCUAUGCUCAAAGUAUCAUACUCAGGCGAGUGGCAGAAAAGCAGGUGUGCAAUAUCUGGAAGUAGUUGUUUAUAUGCAUGUUAUUUUAGCGCUAAUACCUGGAAUAGAGAAUCAGCGCAUGAGGGUAUAAGGGAGGUGGUGAAGCCUUUUGACUGGUCAUAUACCACAGACUAUAAGGGAACAGUCACUCCUAAAGGUCAUGAAUUUGAGCAAACAUCCACUCCUCUCCCAAUAGAGAGACUUAAGCAACCAGAUCCAAUUCUGUUCUACGACGAGAUCAUGCUCUAUGAGGAUGAGUUAGCGGAUAACGGAAUCACUAUGCUAUCAUGCAAAAUUCGUGUUAUGCCGACAUGCCUUCUUCUGCUUACUAGAAUGUUCAUGCGAUUAGAUAAUGUUCUUUUCCGGUUACGAGACACCCGCGUGUUCGUGGACUUUGACACGGGUGAGGUAAUGCGGGAGUAUCUUGCAAAGGAGGAAGGAUAUGAUAAAGUCAAAGAAGUAAGAUUCACCCUUCUUAUAGAUGCCUGGAGAGAAAUGUCCUACUGA